AUGACCAUCGAAAUCAACACCCCUUCUUCUACCGCAACCCUUAAAAAUCCAAAAGCACAUCUUACCGGAGCUGAAGUUCGAAAACUCGCCAGAGCCAAUUUGAUCGGCGACACUGGAGGUCUCGGACAUGGUUACGUUCAAUGUAACUUACUCAUCGUCCCCGCUCGUUAUGCCGAUGAUUUCCGUCGUUUCUGUCAACGUAAUCCUGUAUCAUGUCCUUUGGUAGCCGAAACAGCCCCAGGUGAUCCUACUGUACCUUCCCAUAUCGCCGCGGAUUGUGACAUCCGUACCGACCUUUCCGGCUAUUGCGUUUAUAAAGACGGAGAGCUUGUAGCUACCAAAACGGAUGUACUUGAAGAAUGGGAAAAAGACACCUACGUCGCUUUUCUCAUCGGUUGUUCUUACUCUUUCGAACACGCCCUUCUCGAUGCUGGAAUCACUAUGCGUCAUAGAGAACAGGGUACGGUAGUCUCCGUUUACAAAAGUAAGAUACCAUUGAAUGCUGCGGGUCCCUUCUCAGGAGCAAUGGUAGUUUCCAUGCGUCCUUUCAAAGCAGAUAAAGUGAAACAGGUUCAGGAAAUUACGAAAAAGUAUACGUUGGCUCAUGGUGAACCUAUGCUUUGGGGUGAUGAAGGUACCAAAGCUCUAGGGAUCGAUAUCAACAAGACGGAUUGGGGACAACCUACGAAUAUGGAAGAUGAUGAUAUUCCUGCUUAUUGGGGAUGCGGUAUCUCUCCUCAAACGGCAGUUAUGGAUUCAAAGGUUGAAGGAACGUUCAUGGCGCAUCGAGGAGGAUAUAUGCUAGUGACGGACUUGAGGGUGGAGGAUGUCUGCGCUUGA